CAUGCUUGGGGUCUUUCCUGGUCAUCUUGGUAGUCCUUCUGCAAGGGCACAGUCCCCUCUAAGAGAAAAUACUCUUCCGCAAUAGAGUGCCCCUGGAUCCACAAGGCAUCGUCGAGCUCUCCUGGAACGUCAGCUACCGCAGGGAAGAGGUGAAUUUCCAGAUCUUUCUCAAAGAGGUGAAGUUUGGACUCUUCUUUGGCAUGUCAGAUCGAGGUGAUUUUGAGAACGCGGACCUGGCUGUCCUCUGGAGUGAUGGAUUCCGAUCCUAUUUUGCAGAUGCGUGGAGUGACCAAAAAGGGCAGCUGCACAUGGACCCCGAACAGAACUACAAGCUCCUGAGAGCCCACAAAACCUCCGAGGGACUCUACUUGCUGUUUAAAAGGCCCUUUCGAACCUGCGACCCCAAUGACUAUCUCAUAGAGGACGGCACGGUGCACCUGAUCUAUGGGAUUCUGGAGAAACCAGUCCCCUCCCUCCAGGCAAUCAACGUUUCGGCGGUACUCCGGAAAGGGCUGCAAAGGGUCCAGCUACUGAAACCCAAGAUCAGCAUUCCUAACCUGCCUGCAGAUCUGAAGACCAUGGAGAUAAGAGCCCAUGAUGUGGUCAUACCCAACCAGGAGACCACCUACUGGUGCUACAUGACUGAGCUUCCUGAUGGCUUUGCAAAGCAUCACAUUGUCAUGUAUGAAGCCAUCAUCACAGAGGGGAACGAAGCUCUUGUCCACCACAUGGAAGUCUUCCAGUGUGCCACACAGUUUGACUCCUUUCCACAUUACAGCGGGCCUUGCGACUCCAAGAUGAAGCCAGAACGUCUGAACUAUUGCAGGCAUGUGCUGGCCGCCUGGGCAAUGGGUGCUCAGGCAUUUUACUAUCCGGAAGAUGCGGGACUUGCGUUUGGUGGUCCAGGUUCGUCCAGAUUUCUUCGCCUGGAGGUUCACUACCACAAUCCCCUGGAGCUCAAAGGCCGCCAUGAUUCUUCAGGGAUUCGCCUCUAUUACACAGCCUCUCUCCGCCCUCACGAUGCCGGGAUUAUGGAACUGGGCUUGGUGUACACUCCAGUGAUGGCGAUCCCACCUGGCGAAAGCCAUUUCUACUUGACAGGGUAUUGCACUGAUAAAUGCACACAGAUGGCGUUGCCGCCCUCUGGGAUUCACGUCUUUGCCUCCCAACUACACACCCACCUGACUGGCAGGAGCGUGAUGACCGUGCUGUCCCGCGAAGGGAGAGAAGAGGAAAUCGUGAACAUGGAUCGGCAUUACAGCCCCCACUUCCAGGAGAUCCGCAUGUUAAGAAAGAUAGUGACCGUUUUGCCGGGUGAUGUGCUCAGGACCACGUGUGCUUACAACACUGAAGACAGGACGCAAGCAACUGUGGGUGGUUUUGGGAUCACGGACGAAAUGUGUGUGAAUUAUAUCCACUACUAUCCGCAGAGGGAGCUGGAGCUGUGCAAGAGUGCCGUUGAUCUGGGCUUCCUCCAUCGAUAUUUUAAUCUGGUGAACAGGUUUAAUGACGAGGAAAUUUGCACAUGCCCAGAGACCUCUGUCACGCAGCAGUUUUCUUCUGUCCCCUGGAAUUCUUUCAACAGAGAUGUCCUGAAGUCCCUUUAUGACUUUGCUCCAAUUUCGGUGCAUUGCAACAAGUCCUCCGCUGUCCGAUUCCCGGGUGAAUGGGAAAAGCAACCUCUUCCGAAGAUUACGGAGGUGCUGCCAGAUUUAGCCCUACGCUGUGAGCCUCGCCUAAGCCACCCUCCAGCGUCUCCCACUCCCGUGGAGCUCAACAGGGAAGAGCCAGGCCUGGCGUGACGCCGACAAAGAAUGCUUCCUCAUCUCAGUGCCACAAAUGCCGCUCUGGCCAAACUUUGGUUUCUCGGGUGCCUGCAGCAGGCUGAGGUCCGGCAUCGUUUUGCGGGGAGGGAUUUGGCACAGGAGUCCGAGCGGUGGCUGAUUUUGACGGGAAUGACCCUGGCUUCCUGGGUGAGCAGACGCAGGUCAGCAAGGAGCUUGGCAGCAUCCAGGUGGUUUUCAGACCUCAGAAGAUUUCCUAAUUGAUAUCCAGAAUAAAAAACCCCCACAGGAUCUAUUUCCUCCGGAGGCCUUUGUGACAGGCAAGAUUGUCCAGGCAGGCAGGCAGAAGCGUACCAGGGGCAAAUGGCGCCCGGAGACAAAUUGUCUCCAGGACGCCCCCCCAGGCUCUGCCCCCCACCACCCUAGCUCCACUC